GCCUUUGUGUGCUGGGGAUGUCACUGUGUGAGUGACCCAGGACUUUGGGGAUUUUAUCUGUUUUUUUUGGUGCCUAUUUAAGCUGUUUGUGAAGUUUAUCUCAAGUUUUUACUGUCUCUGCUGUGAAAAGUUCCCUCUCUGCCCCAGCAGCUCGAGCACCUCCUGUGCUGCAAUUCCAGAUGAAAGAUGAAAUUGCUGCUGCAGUUUUCUUCAUCACCAAGCUGGUGAAGAGGGAGGGCAAGCUGAGCAAGGAUGAAAUAGAGAAGUUUGCAGAAAAGCUGACCACGAUCCUGUUUGAGAAGUACAAAAAUCACUGGCACCCAGGCAAUCCAUGCCGAGGCCAAGCCUUCAGCGGCGUUUUUGCCGCUGUUGUCACAGUUAGAUUGGCGCGAAUCACGGACGCGGUCCCAGCUCCAGGUGCGCUCUGCUCCCGCAGGUGUAUCAGGAUAAACAAGCAGCAGCCCCGGGAGCCCCUGCUGGAGCAGGCGUGUGCGGACAGCGGGCUGGACUCCAGCCUGCUGGGCUUGCCCAAGGAGGUGACGGUGUGGGUGGAUCCCUUGGAGGUGUCCUGCAGGUACGGGGAGAGGAACCAGCCCUUCAGCGUGGCUCGCUUUGAUGGGAGGGAGAACCCCGAGCUGCCCCAGCACAUCAGCCUGGCUGUGGCCAAGGCAGCCCUGGAUUAUGACUCAGGAACCUCCUCGGACGAGGAGAGCUUCAGCAGGGAGCCCAGAGCCAUCCCCACUGUCAGCAACCCCAACAGCAUCUACCAGGCUCCCCCCCUGCCCUGGUGGCAGUACCAGCACAGGAAGCCCCACCUGGCCGAGGGCUCCCACUUUGGCCAGCACAGGGGCUACAGGGGCUACGGGCCUGGGGCCACCCCCUGUGUGGACAGGUACCACUGGAUCAACCCCAAGAAGUAGAGCCAGGGCUCCUUCUGGGUUUUACAGCCCUGAUUUUGGGAUGGGGUGAAGGCUGGCACUGCAAAACCUCACGAAAAGAGCGCUUCUUGUCUAAUCCCUGCCCCUGACUCUAUUUAUUAAUAUUUUGAGGGGGGGUUUAUCACAGAUUUUUACUAGUUUUAAUUGAUGUUAAUAUAAGAAUAAAGAUGUCAUGCGAGAUUUUUCUUGUGAAUUUAAAAAGGAAAUGCAUAA